ACGAAACAAAUAUUUCAGACUGAGCUAGUUGCCAUUUUCGUCGAUUAAAAGUUUUGUCAAAAUAUUGUAUAAAACCUUUAAUCUCAACAAAAUGAUCAAACUUUUCUCCCUUAAGCAACAAAAGAAAGACGGUGUCGAUACAUCUCAACAGUCGGGAAGCAACAAAAAAUCCUCUGCUGCGCAGUUACGAAUACAAAAAGACAUAAAUGAGUUGAACCUUCCCAAAACCUGCCAGGUAGAUUUUCCAGACCCUGAUGACCUGCUCACCUUCAAACUGGUCAUCUGUCCAGAUGAGGGGUUUUACAGAGGAGGUCGAUUUGUGUUUAACUUCAAAGUUGGCCAGGGAUAUCCACACGAUGCACCCAAGGUGAAGUGUGAGACAAUGGUGUAUCACCCAAACAUAGACUUAGAGGGGAAUGUCUGCUUGAACAUUCUCAGAGAAGACUGGAAACCCGUUUUAACAGUUAAUUCCAUUGUCUAUGGUUUGCAAUACUUGUUUUUGGAACCAAAUCCAGAAGAUCCAUUGAAUAAAGAGGCAGCAGAGGUUCUCCAAAAUAACAGACGCUUGUUUGAACAGAACGUAGCAAAGUCGAUGAGAGGUGGCUAUAUAGGAUCUGUUUACUUUGACCGCUGUUUAAAGUGAUAUAACGCUUUAGCUUAGUGUGUGUUAUUGUUGUUGUUAAACCAUUCUGAAAGGGAUAUUCCAUUUUGGAGAAACAGUGCUGGUGUAUUUGGAAUUUGGAAAUUCUAAAGACUGUCAUGGUCUGAAUUACAGUAUUUAGCUAGCUGAGAAUGUGUUUUAUGAUACACUACACAAAUCUGCUGUAUGUAGAUGUAGUAUAAAUGACUUGAAUUUAAGUUCUUUUCUUGGUAUGUUUUCUGAACAUUGCUUUAAAAAUGAUACAGCUUUUCAUGUCUGCUCUAUAAAGGCAGUCUUAGAUUUGUGUGGACAUCAAUUAUCUGACUUGAAUGACUUGUUAAUCUUGAUUGCUUUGAAAUAACCACAGCCUUGUGUAUCAUAGCUGUGUUUUCUGCCCCUUUGAUACCAAUUUUUUUUUAUUUGAAAUAUCAUUCUCGAAAACAGAAAUUUAAUAAUCUUUUUUUUUUUACUUUUUCAUUCAGAUUCUGAUACUGAAAUAAAGAAAUAAAUAUGCAAAGUUCUCAAUCCCGUAUUUGACAGACCUUUGAAUGAUAGUUUUGUGUGCGUGAACAGACAGAUUUAAUAAAUUUUGAAGAAAAAGAAAAGAAAAAGGAUGCACUGACAUACCUUUUCUAAAUAUUUAAAUUCAUGUAAGAACCCUGUCAUUAUUUUAUUGAACUGAAGAUAUCUGUAGCAACAUUUUAUUGUUAUAUCAGAUGUUAUGUACAUGUACAUGUACACAUGGAAGUUACAUGUAGCGGUGUAUUAUCAUACUAUGUAUUAAACUUUUCUUGCAGUUCUAGCUCCCUACAUUAAGUUAUUCUUGAAAAGUCUUCAUUAAAAUGAUUAUAAAAGCAUAAGGCGGAUUGUUCAGAACUUGGUUAGGUUUAAUAACGUGAUUAAUGACAUCAUUGUUAACUUUUAAACAUGAGACGUUUGAUGAAGUGCUCACAUAAAUAAAUAUAAACAAGAAUAGCUGAAACAGUUGUCUCAAAUAUUGUGACAAAUACAGCAGAUCACAAGUGUAUCCAUUGAUCUUCAAUAUCAGUAACAAUUUGAAAGUUCACAACGAUGAUGUUAACAACAUCAUUAACUUUAAAUAAGUUCUGAACAUUGUGUACCAAGAUGACUGAAUAUUUUCGUUAGUAAAUAUUUUGUCUGCUGAAAAAAUUCAACCCACAAAUUAUAUAGUUCUCCAAUAACUUUAUUCAUCUUUAUGUUGAUUUUUGCUUCCUGGUGAUCCCAUAUAAUUUUGGUGUCAUUGAAAAGAAUUUGAUUGCUUAGAUUUGAAACAAUACCACCAGAAAAUAAUAUGAGGUUAUCCCAGUUUGGAUAUAUGCUCUAUAUUUGUCAAAAAACAAUAACUUAUCUAAUGUAUUAUUUUUGUAAGGUCAAAAACAGCACACAAAACCCUUUCAAAUGACACCUAAAUAAAAUAGGGUCACCAAGCAUCCAAAAGUCAUCUAUUUCUGUACUGCAUACCUUUAGGUUAAAAAACAAUGUUUCCCAGCUCAUGGACUAGCCUAUUUCAAACAGAAUUUCCAGUCAGGAGUACAUGUAAACAUAUAUAUUUAUGUAAAAAACAUAUAUAUUUAUGUAAAUUUUCCUUCUCAACGCCCCCUUUUACCUCGUUCGGUUGACCUUUUUUGUUUGUUAUACUUAUUGUUUAUAUGCUCUGAUUACUUUAAAGUGGAAUUAUUGAUGUUUGAGUGAUUUUAUAAAUGCCUUAUUUAACGAAUGAACAUAACAUACAUGAAUGUGUUAAAUACCUUUGUACAUGUAAAAGCAAACUAUUGGAAUAAAGUAAAUGUAAAUA